GGACCAAUCAGGACCAAUCAGAUCUCCUGUACUCUGUGCUAUGACUUCAUCAAAUCAUCUCAACCUUAAAAAUGUCGAUUAUGAAAUGAUGAAAUCAAAUUACAUUUUUAGGCUGAAUAAAUUAUUUUAUUUUAAUGAAAGUUGUCUGAGAGAGGUCACACUGAUGCUUAAAAAAAAAAAAAAGACUAUUCAAAACUGUCAACAAACGCAGUCAAUACAUUGUGUCCGUCCAUCCGCUAGGGGCGCUGUGACUGCUUUUGCUCUUCCGGGUCACAGUGCCGUGCUACACGCGUGUAAGCUAGUAGUUGUUCAGAAGGCGUCAGCUAGCCUUUUAAAAACAGUAAAAAUGGGACAGCCCCGCUCAAAGAAACGCCGGCCGACGUUUCGGCGUCUGCUGAAGACGAGCAGCAUGAAGCUGGAUAACAAGUUGAAAAACCGACAGAUGAAGCAGCAGAAUUCGGCCAAGAAGCAGCGGAAAGAGCAGAAGAGAAUGCGACAGGCGGUGAAGGGCGCCGUCCUCAGCGUGCCCCGCCCACUGGAGACCUACAGCAAGAAACCCGAGGAAGAAGAGGACGAGGAGGAGUUCCUGGAGAGUCUUCCCACCGACAUGAUUGACGACGGCGAUCUGCAGCAGAUGGCCUCCUUCCUCGGCAGGGACUUGUCGUCAUGCGGCCCCGUGCACAGCGGCAAGAAGCGAAGAUCGGAGGCUCUUCCAAGUUAUGAGAAGAUUCCCAGGAAGAUGGCCCGGGUGGAGGAGAAGGAAGUCAUCCAUUUGCUUCCCAUCAAAGACAAGACCGGUGUCAUCCCGCAGAGUCUGGAAAGAGUGAUGACGAAGCAGUCAGAUGACGAUGACGAGGAAGAAGAAACACCACUUGAGGCUGAAAUUGGAGAAGCGGAGCCACAGAACGCGGUGCCGCUGACGGCGGAGGAGCGAGAGCGAGCACGAGCUCAGACGAUUAGAGAGAGGAAGCUGACCAUCGCCCGUCUGGCGUCCGCCGUCACUUCCAACCCCGUUAACAAUAUCAAGUGUGUGAAGCAGCUACGUGGGAUGCUGAUGGAGGCGGAGCCUUGCGUGGCGGUGACGGUCAGGAAACUGGUAAUGGUGUCGUUAAUGGAGAUCUUCAAAGAUAUCACCCCCACCUACAAGAUUCGACCCCUCACUGCUGCAGAGAAAGCCGUCAAGGUGAAAAAAGAUACGCUCCAGCUGCGGGAGUUUGAGGAAGGCUUGGUGAGUCAGUACAAGUUCUUCCUGGAGGACUUGGAGCAGACCGUCAAAGACUGGAAGCAGAUGAAGAGGAAGCGCAGCCAGACGGUGGCGUUCGAGUCUUACGGCAGUCUGGCCCAGGUGGCCGUGCGCUGCCUGUGCGAUCUGCUCCUCGCCAUGUCACACUUCAACUUCCACAACAACAUCAUCGUGGCGCUGGCGCCGCUCAUGAACGACUCCACCAAGACGGUCUCGAAGAUGUGCUGCGACGCCUUCGGGAAGCUUUUUCACCAGGACAAAUUGGGCGGCGCCUCACUGGCCGCCGUGCGCGUCAUCUCGGGUCUGGUCAAGAGUGUCAACUACAACGUCAGGCCCGAGGUGCUGAGGACGCUGUUGAGUCUGAGGAUCAAGGAAGUCCACGUGAAGAAGGACCUGCAGGACUCGGCCCCCAAAGUGAAGAUGAUGACCAACAAAGACAAGAAGAACAAACUGUCACGCAUGCAGAGGAAGUGGAAGAAGGCAGAAGAGAAGCUGAACCAGGAGCUUCUGGAAGCAGAAGCUUCGGAGAGCAAAGACAAGAAAAUCAAACUGCACACUGAAACGCUCAACAUCGUCUUCCUCAUCUACUUCCGAAUUCUCAAGAAAGCUCACAAGUCAGUUCUUAUUUCCGCUGUGCUGGAGGGGCUGGCCAAUUUUGCCCACUUGAUUAACUUGGAGUUCUUCGAUGACCUGCUCAAUGUGCUACAGCGCCUCAUUCAAUCAGGAGAUCUAACCAAUCGGGAGAGUCUUCACUGCAUCCAGACCGUCUUCACUAUCCUGUCGGGACAAGGCGACGUUCUCAACAUCGACCCGCUCAACUUUUACUCGCAUCUCUACAAGAUGUUGCCUCAGCUUCACGCAGGAACGCCUAACGACGACGUCGGCAUCGUCCUGCGCUGCUUGGACGCCAUGCUGGUCCGCCGCAAGAAGCAGGUGACGCUGCAGAGGGCGAUGGCGUUCGUCAAGCGACUGAGCAUGCUCAGCCUUCACGUCCUGCCCAACGCCAGCGUGGGAAUCCUCGCCGCCAACAGAGCCACCAUGCACGCCUUUCCAAAGUGUGACUUCCUGCUGGACAACGAGGUUCAGGGCAGCGGCUUCUACCUACCAGAACUGGACCAACCAGAACACUGCAAUGCUCAGAACACAGGACUGUGGGAGCUACACACACUACAGAGACACUUCCAUCCAGUCGUGCGUCGGCUGGCCGUACAUUUGAGUCACGGCGCUCCCAGCGAAGGCAGCGCGGCGCUCGGCGUGGACCUGAGUCGCAGGUUGCCAGUGCAGCUGUUUGAGGAUUACGCCAUGAAUGAUAUGACCUUUUCCCCCCCGGUGGCACCACCCAGCAAGAAGAAGGAUCGUUUCACAAUCGGUACGGUGCUGUUCGAUGCCGACCUGCAGCGGCUGGUCGACAACAUCCUUUCCGCCACCGAGGAGGCGGAGCUAGACUUUACUACUACUACUACUCACACGCCCACCAAACACACACAGUGUGACAUCAUCACAUGUCCCAGUUGCCUGUAGAAUGUUUCUUAAAAAAAUUAAAAUUUAAUUUUAAAUUUA